CGGGCUUCUUCCACAUUCCACCAUUUUGCUCACUUUCAAUUGUUGCCCGUCGCCAGGCAAACGCUGGAGUUAGUCCAUAGACUUGUUUUCCAAGUUAAUAAACGGAGAAUGCGUCCAGACGGUCCCAGGGACCCCGUCACCGGGCUAGACAGUGGCCCAGAGCCUCCGUUUCCGAUCAAGUUAUCUGGGCCGGUGAUCAAAGGGUUUGGGCGGGGAAGCAAAGAGCUGGGAAUCCCCACGGCCAAUAUUCCCCCAGAUGGCUUAUCAGACUAUCCCGAUCUUCAAGUCGGGGUGUACUACGGAGUAGUCGCAUUGGAUCCGUCCAGAUUCACAUCGGAGGCGACGAUUCUUCCAGCUGUGCUGAGUAUCGGAUACAAUCCCUUCUACAAGAACACCACUCGAUCUGUGGAAAUCCAUAUCAUGCCUCCUCUCUCAUCGCCAUCGCCGACAGCGAACGGUGAGGCUGGUCAAGUGAAAUUCCACAAAUUGCCCGACUUCUACGGCACAAAGCUUAACCUUUUGAUUCUGGGGUACAUCCGCCCAGAAUACGACUACGUGUCGUUGGAAGCCUUGGUUGAAGAUAUUCGGAUUGACUGUGAGGUUGCGCGCCAGAGUCUCCAGCGAAAGGCAUAUGUCAGCUACCUUACUGGACAGGAUUGUUCGGAAGCCGUGCAGGAGCAACGAAAAUGGUUGACUGGUUUUUAGAGCUUGCUCUAUUUUUUGUUUGACAAGGGGGUGAUGUAUCAGUACAUAGUUUUUUUUUUAUUAUUUUGAAUAGACUGGCAUUGGUGGCGUGGUGGAUAGACAAACAUUCGACAUCCACAUACAUGGAAACCCGCAUAUUCAUAGCGUAAUAAUGCAUGGACAUUGAAUGUGAACCAGAUCAGCCCUAUCUUGGCAACGGAAACAUCGGUUCCCCUUGCGUUGCAUCCUUGGGUUCGGCUGGAGCCACGAUGGAGACUGCCAAUACUCUGCCAAUACUCGUCGACGUCAGCCCAGCGUUGGUGAGAGACGUUGCCUGACCUGUUAGUUACUUC